AUGAGAGAAUGGCAGACAGGAGGUUGCGCCAUUUGUGCUGCGCAUCCAGAGCUGCCACUGAUUGCCGUGGGCACAGGAGGCGAUCCCGCCUUCCUUGUCUUCUUCGAAGAUUCGCUUCGGCGCAAGCAGCGUUUCGAGCAGCGCUGCGAUGCCCUGGCUUGGCACAAGAAGAACCCUGUUCUCGCAGUGCUAAGCAUCAACGCGGCGAUGGCGAAAAUACAUAUUUUCAGCGCCACAGACGGGCUAGCGCACUUUCGCCUCCAUGUGUUGGGCAUGCAUCCAGCCACCGCCCUGUGCUGGGCGCGAUCGCACCUUCUGGUUGCUGGCCCGGAGCUGUGUGUGUGGCCGUGCAAGGUCGAAGACCACUUUUCGGCAACUGCUCCCUCGGCGCGGCAUCCAAUGGACGAGCUGACCGAACUAGAAUUGGACCCCUCCGAGCGAUUCCUGGCCACGGUCCACCGGACCGGCCUCGUCAGGACCUGGUGGGCGUCAGAGCUGCCAAAGGCCAGUGCCUUCCGACGCCGUGCCGUCACAGAGACGCUGCUGGGCUGUUGCGGGGAGGUGUUGCAGGGGCAUUGCCAAGCUGCAAGCUGGGCACCUGCUGCGCGCGGGCCCGCAAUUCUCGCAACUCUCGGUUUGCAGCGGGACAUCACAGUCUGGCGAGAGUCUGCCUUCGAAGAAAUUCCUGGUUUCGUAGCAGAGGCCCGCUGGUCCGCUUCGGACCUCCAAGCUUCUGCGAUGGUCUGGGUCGGCAAAGACACCGAACAAUUAGAGGAUGCGCGAGACUGGUGGGGCGAGCAGUCGGAAUCACUACCACUGCGCCCCACUCGUCAUCCAGCUCAUGUGCGGCCUGAAGGGCCGCACAAAGCCGAGCUGGUGGUCGCGGGCGAGACCACGUGGUGCAUCGAGCUCGAAAGCUCACCAGGAGGGCAGGGCCCUCUCUUUUCUAUCUGUCGCAAGUUGCCCGAGCUCCCUGGGUUUGACCAGAGUGCGGGCUAUGGACCCAGCGGAGGACUUUUUUGGGUGAAGAAGUUGGGAAACGCUUCCUUCAAUGCCUGGCUCUGCUCUCCAAGUGGAGAUCUACGGCGGAUCUGCCUUGAUCAGAAUUCAACGUCCGUGGACGCGGUUGCAGGCAGUGCGCUUCCAUGCUGCUGUUUGCCAGAUACCAAGCGGCUUGAGGAGUUGCCUCGUUUCGAGGUAGCGGAUAUGGCGCUGCACGAAUACUGGGGCUUGCUUGCUCUGCUCUUGAGCGGCGGAAGAACGAUCGUCUGGGUGGCGAAUAUUCCCGAGCCCCGUGGGCGCUUUGACUCGGGACGCUAUCGCCUGCCUGAAGGUGACAUUUUAAGCGAUGAAGCGCUGAGCACAGCAGACUGCCCCAGUUUCACCAGUUUGGUUUGGAUACCUGGACAUCGACUGCCUCCCCGGCUCCUGGGCUUCGGGAGAGGCGACACGCUCAUGGCUACGUCCCUGGACAUCUCUGGCACGUUGCAGCCAUGGAGCGAGGUGCUGUGGAAGUCAGACGCUCACCUGCCGGUUCGGGACGUUCAGCAGAUGCAAGCUAGCAAGGCGGCGGGCGUACUCUCUAUGCUGGUGCACGAUGAUGACCUCUUCUUCGUCCUGGCACGUGUGGAGGUGUCAAGCAGCAGUUCAGAUGCGCCAAUUCUCGAACCAAUCUGUCGUCACAGGCUGUGGGCAUCCUGUCCGCAGUUGGGAGCUUUUGCAUUGGAGUGGCUCGGAUCUUUCGCCGCCAUGCAAGAGGGCGAUGUCUCUGGUCAGUUUGCCUUCUGGGCACCUGAUUCAGACGAAGUGGUGAUUCGGACCCUGGAGAUUGAGGAUCCGACUACAGGUGCUGUCCGCGUCGGCGAGACGCUUCAGGCACCGCUGAGCUCCAGUCAGAGUCUUCAAGGGGGAGUUCUGCGUCUCAAGCUUUGCGACGAAUUCCUGGUCGCACUGACUACUCGUGCAGAGAUUCUCGUGUGGUCCCUCGCUGGUGGCGAUCUGGGACAUGCCCUGCUCAGUUACAGCCACACUCUGGCAACGCAUCAGCUCAAACGAGAAGGCCCGGGUGCCGGAGACGGCACUGUGCCCUUUCGACCGUGGAAUCGUGAUGGACCCGUGAACACAAGUGGCAGAAGCGUGGCAAUCAGCGAAGAUGCAUCCGGCUAUUUCACGCAGGGCGAUCUCUCCCUCCAUCGCUGCGCAGGCGGUGGCUUGCUUCUUGCGGCAGCGGCGUCUGCAAGCGAUUCAAUUGCACCCGCAACAGCGCUGCUCUGCCAGAGAGGCAACACUGGCGACAUUUGGCACGCUGUGGACUUGCAUCCGGAGGCUCUUCCCCUGGAGCAGGGAUCGCUUCUAGCCAUCUGCAUCGAGGGUGCGCUUCUCCACGCCGGCUUCUGCGGGGGUCCUGGGGAAGGCGGACCUCGCAGGCCUGCCGUGGUGGCUGCCUCACUCCCUUCAGCAGCUCAAGGACGCCUGCAAGCUGCUGCACCGUGCCCUGCCUACCAUCCUGAUACCCUCAUCUGGCUUCUCAGAAACGGACAGGCUGCCCUCGCGAGACGAAUCCUUCAGCAACUUUUGCACGUACUCCGUCAAAAUGCCAGUCCACAUGGGAUUCCGCCCCUUGUAGACCUGGACUUCAUGGAGUUCCAUUGCGCAGAUGCAGUGGCAAGAUGUGAACGCGUGUCGAGCUCUGCACCUGCUUCUUCAAGCCAGCUGCAUGCAGAUGGCCUCGACGUUGGCAGUGGUGCAACUGCUGCCUCUUUGUUUGAAGAUGAUUUUGAGGCGCGCAUGGCCAAGCUUCGUUCAAGCUGGGCAGAGGAUGACCCGUCUCUUUCCAUUCCCGCACAGGAGAACGGUGAGACGACAUCAGCGGGAUGGCAUGUAUCGGAAAUGGAACUGGACGAGCUGGGUCGUUUCUUGCAGACGCGAACACUGCCGAUGGUUUCUUCACACGAGCAGGCGCAGCUCCUCGUACUGCUGCAGGAUGUGGGAGCAACGCCGCAUGCCUCGGACCUGGACGAGUGUGGGCAACGCUUCAUGAAGGCCUUUGAGAUUCAUGCAGCCGUGCGUCGAUGGCACCUGAGAACGCCCAAUUCCGAAGCUUUCUUGCAGCACUUGAGCUCUGAGGAUCUGUGCUGGGCGCUGCACUCCGACUGCCAGGGCACUCUUGUGGACCGAAUCCUGGAGGUCCUUGGCCAUGACUUGGACUGGCCAGCCUUGCGCCACGUGGGACUCGGGCUCUGGCUGCGAGACCUCCAGGCUCUCAAGAAGGUGCUGGAGCAGCUUCCUCGAGCCCUCCUUCGCCGGCAGAGUGCUCCAGACAAGGAGAUUCAGCCAGAAGCCGUUGCGCUCUGGUACGCCCUUAUGGGAAGACGGACUCUGCUUGCUGCGCUUUACCGCCAGAGUAAGCAGAUGCGGGUUGCCGACUUCCUCGCGAACGACCUCUCCGAGGAGCCCUGGAGAACGAAGGCCGAGAAGAACGCAUUUGAGCUCGUGCGGCAGCGCCGCUUCGAACUGGCAUGCGCUUUCUUCGUUUUUUCGCAGAGGGCACGGGAUGCCAUUGACGUCUGUGUCCGGUACAUGGAUGACUGGCCCUUGGCAAUGCUCAUUGCGCAACACGUCGAGCUCAGUGAUCCGGACAUCGCUGCCGAGCGACGGCGUGUGCUGCAGGACGAUCUUCUUCCGACGGCACGUAGAGGGCACGACCCAUGGCUGGCAUCUUUGGUGCACUGGCGUCUACAUGAUCAUCACCAAGCCGUCGAGACGGUCGUGCGACCAUUCCACAACAUGGAGGAAAGAUCAGCUGCAGGAGAUGUCACACAACGCACUUUCAGUGGCGGUGCUUUGCAGCAUGCUGGCUUUUCACCAGGACUGCCACGCUUCUUGGCCAUGUUGCAGGAGACUCUUGCGAAACGCAACGACAGCUUUAUGCUGCCAGAGGAGAGCACUCGGCGUGUGGGUUCGCUGGCCGCGAUUUCGAGGGCAUAUCUCUCGAGGAGGCAGCCCUUGUUGGCUUUGCCUCCGCCAGACUCGCGAGAGGCUCUUCCUUGGCGGACUGCCGUUGCGUUGGCACGCUCGCUUAUUGCUUUGCACUGUAGUGAUGGACAAGCGCUGACACGGCCAGAUGGCAAGAGCUCGCUGACAUCUGUAGCAGAGGUCAUGAGGACAAGGUUGCACCUUGCCGUCUCGCUGAUCCCAUCCCUUCUGGAAGAGGUCCAUGACCAGGCAGCCUGGGAGGCGACGAGUCAGAUGGAGCCAUGGGAGGCUUGUUGCCACGUAGCCAAGUUCUACGCGCCGCAGAUUCGGGAGAGGAUCGCUGAUGUGCCCAGAGACUCGCAGGCAGUGGCCUGCGCUGGUCCGUCGGCACUCUGGCUGCAGUGCUUGCGGGGCAGCGCAGAAGGAGCCCAACUGCUUGAAGACGGAGGAUUCUGCAAGAAGCUGCGCAGGUUGAGCUCUACCUAUGCACGCCGGGCUCUGUCAGCCGACGAGGCAUCCCGCGGCUCCUUCCUGGCUGCCUUGGCCUGGCAGACACUGCCACGCCUACAGCACUUCUCCCUCUCCGACAGCACUCCGCCACUGGGGACCAUGCACCUGGCAGCACAUAUUGUGUGCGCUAGCUGCGUCUCUCGCAGUCCUCCUUCUGCCUGGUUGGAAUCCGCAUUGCCAGCAGAGGAGCUCAGUGGUGACAUGUUUCAUGUCCUCACGACGCUGGUGCUUGUUCUGGUCCUCCUGCUGUCGCUCCGCGGCCUCACAGCGAGUUGUGGCCUGUGGACCCUUCCGCAGGAAGCUUUCCUGUCUGCCCCAGCCAAGGAUUUGGAGAUGGACGAGCAUGAAAGCACGGGUCAAACAGCGCCCGAUUGGGAGCCACUCCUCUGGCAGGGAUUGCGAGUCCUCUUGGAGCAGCUCAAGGGCAGCUCACAUGAGCAGCGACGCUUGCUGCGCAGUGGCGUGUUACCGUCAAUGGUUGCUACCCUCUUCUUGGAGCGAAGCACCCCGGAGGCAGCUUCUGCGGCUCAAGAUGUCGCUCUGCUUGGGGCGAGCUCCUCGCCCCGUGCAUCAUCUGGAUCCGACGGUGAGGAUGGAAGUCGCAUGCGCUCGAGUGCAGACAUGCGGCCCAGUGCAGCGCUGGCUGCUCUGACUGCAGCUGUAGAUGGGAGCUUCGGCGAAAAGCUCCGAGCUUUUCUAGGCUGUGUGGUUGGCGAGCUCACAUUGGAAAGGCUGGUGCUGCUGCUAGCAGGUAUUCGGCGUCGCCCCUCUGCCAGCAGCAGCGCAGGACAUUGGAUCACAAGUUGGUACGAUGCUCUCCUCGCAUCCCUGCGCCGACUGCAAGGACGUUCCAGGUUGCAGCUGCUGCGAGCUGCAUCAGAGGUCACGGAAAGUUUCGAGAGGUGGCCGCUGGUGCUGUGUGCGGAGGAGCACGAACUCGCCAAAGCCCUUUCCACGGCUUUUGCCACCAGCGGUCAAGCUUUCCUGGCGCUGUGGCGGCAGCUGCACGGCACACGCCGUUUGCAACUUCUCUUCGCGCACCAUCCAAGGCUGCUUCUGCCAUCAUCGAAACUGCACAGGCGGCAGGUUGUCCUUUGGCGAGGUGGUGUGGCGCGCUUCAUCUGUGCAGACCACGGCGCAUCCGCUCCACGUCUCAGCUUGCAGGUGAAGUCGUGCUUGAUGGAAAUUCAUGCAGGGCAUGCCGCUCGAUGGGGGCAAGCAAGCGACGGUCAGGCCUCCUACAGUCAGAACGUUGAGAACUAUGCCCUCUUGGCGUUGAGCAGCUCACCAGCGGUGGGAUCUCUGACUUUCGACGCGGAUGCCGAGCUGUUGCUCGGUGGUGCUGACCUUCCGAUGGACGACGUAGCUCCUGGUGAUGGCGAACAAAGUGUCACCGCUGACCGUGGGGCGGAAAUUGCGUAUUUCCUUGCCACGCUGAGGCUUCCAGAUGGUGCGCCACAGGCCGCGUUACAAAACUCGCCGGUUGUCAGUGCCACAUCACAUCCUUCAAGGUCAGUUUUCGCAGCAGCGCAUGAGGACGGAUCCGUGCAUCUUUGGCGAUUCGGGCAGCGGCAGCCGUUUCAGCAGUUGCCUCGUCCAUCAGCUCCAGCCAAGACAUCUGCCAACCGUUCAGGGGCCGCGGAAGAUACCGGCGAGGUGAGCAGCGGGACCAGUGGGAGGUGGAGUCUUGACUGGAGCCCUUGCGGAAACCGUCUGCUUGGCGUGCUGGAUGCUCCAGGCAGGAACAUGGUGAACCUGUGGACGGUGGCGGAAGGCAGUCGGCCAGGUCCUGCGUAUUCGCUGCCGACAGGUGCAGCUCACUCGCGUCUACUGUGUGCAGCCUUCGCUUCAGCUACAGGUUCUGUGGUUGCUACAGCCGGGCGACGAGCCGAGACAGAGUUCGUGGCCCCUGGGCUGCCGAGCACGGCAGGAAUGUCAAAACCGGCACGCUUGCGGCUUGCUUCCUGUACUGCUGUACAAUGCAUCUGCGAAUUCUGA